CGAGUGACUGAGUCCUCCGAUUAUUAUCUCAUUUGCCGCCACGGCCAGCAGCACGCGUCCGACCACCACUGCGACAGAGAUCCAUAGAUCGUCAUCCCGGGCGACCGGUGGAUCGUCGUCCACGAAGCGGCACCAACUUCGAGGACUCCGCUGCUAUCGCGUGUGCAGCCGCCGAAAUGACGACGACCACGGGCGACCCGUCGACUUUGAAGACUCCGGCCUCUCUGUCGGGCGGAGAUCUCGUUUCUCGCCUUCUGGCGGCCACUCCUCCGUAUCUGUACAAUGUCCCGCUGACACCUCAUAGCUUCUUCUUCAGCGAGAUGCUGCGAUCCUUCGUGCAAGCCAAAACGGAGACAACGUCGGCCAACGGCGGUGGCAUCGGCGGCGUCGGCGGCGCAGCUUCAAACGCGUCGCGACGUCGCAAGCGAUCCUGGCGGGACGCCCGCGAUCGACCACUGGAGCUCACGACAAAGGAACGAUCUCAUCAUCAUCAUCAUCAUCAUCAUUACCACCAGGACACCAAUAAAUAUUAUCAUUCCACGGCGCAGCAGCAGUCCGCGCAGAUGCCGUCGGAGACUCGUUUGGAGAACGAGAGCAAACGAGCGGACACCUACCCUGACGCGACAUCGGAAAAUAAAGCCGGCUCCUUUGAUCAGAAGCCCAACUUUGGCAGUGACAUCCUGAAGCCUAUCGAUGAGAACAAGACGGAUUUCUUGCCACGGCAGCACGGCAAAAAUUUCUUCGAUCAUGAACGACCGCGGCAGCACUUCGAUGCCCAACCGCCGGAAAACGUCUUCUCCGGCGGCGGAGAGUCGCGGAAAGUCAAGCCGGAGGACUCGCAGCAGCUGGAACGCAGCGGCAGGAACUGUAACUUCGACAACGGCAGGGGUUACGAAGACCGCACGAAGAGCAUCGCGCCCGGCCAGGAGAUCGUACCACCCGGUCUGCAGCUACCGGAUCAGAAGAAGCUGGACUUUUCGCGCGGACCGUUUCUUCCCGGUUUGCCCGGCAGAGGAUGCGAGGGCGUUCUUCAGGGCGUGAAGGGCUUCGCCGCUCUACCCGGUGGCUUGUCCAAUCCGGCCGAUUUUCUACCCGGACCGCUAUGGUACCCGCCGUAUCCGAUGCCGCAAUCCUAUCCCGGCAUCGAUCCCCUGCACUUCUUCAUAGAUCUACGCGUCUCCGGUCACAUCUGGGAUCGCAAGCACGCCAACGAGCGGCAGCUACCCUUCAAGACCAAGCACUGCUCGGCCUUCAGCGUGCCGCAGUCCAAAGAAUACAGCAAUCGGCCGUUGAAUCUCACCCGCGACGAAGCUACAACGUCGAAGAGCCCGGACGCGGAGAACACACGGGGUACCAAUUAUAUCUUGAAGCACCUCACAAAGACGUAUCAGGAUAUACAACAGACAAGGAUCUCCAGGACGGACACGUCAACGGAGAACGAAGAGGAUUCAAAGGAGAUGCACCAAGUCGGCGAGGAUGUCGCGAAAGUAGAAGACGCCGGUAAUACGACAACGAGUUCCGAAGAGGAGAGAAAGGAUCUACGGGCUCUGAUCGGUCUUGAAUUAGUAGUGGAUUACGUGAAAGAGCCGAAGAGCGAUCCGUCGACCGAGCAAUCGUCACAAAUAACGGAAUAACUU